AUGGCAGGAAUGUCUGGGAAGAUAAGAGUCUUCAGGAAUUUUAGGCAGAAAGGAGGAGUACAGCCAAGAGACAGAGAUAGGUUGCUAAAAGAAGGAAAAUUUAAGUUGAAAGCCACGACAUCAUUGUUUCUGAGCAACCAGAUAGAAAACGAGAUAGUACUGACCCCAGCACAGAUCAAAUCAAUUUGCCAGGCGAUUCUGGACUCUGGGAAGCAGUAUGCCAUGAAAAAAAGGAAACCAUUCCCCCUGAUGUAUUCUUACUAUGGAACUGAAUACUUGGGAGCAGCUCAUGGCUUGUCGUCCAUUCUCCAGAUGCUUCUGUCUUACCACGAGCACCUCAAGCCCUCAGAUCAGGAGCUGGUAUGGCAGAGUGUGGACUUCCUCAUGGAGCAGGAACAGAACUGCAACUGGCCACCCGAGCUCGGCGAGGCCAUCGAGAGAGAGAACGAGCUGGUACACUGGUGCCAUGGCGCCCCAGGAAUUGCCUAUCUGUUUGCCAAAGCUUAUCUGGUUUCCAAAAAACCGCAGUACCUGGACACGUGUAUCCGGUGUGGGGAACUUACGUGGCAGAAGGGCCUGCUGAAGAAGGGGCCGGGGAUUUGCCACGGUGUCGCCGGCAGUGCUUAUGUCUUCCUGCUGCUAUACCGCCUCACCGGAAACUCGAAGUACAUCUACCGAGCCCAAAGGUUUGCUGAGUUUUUAUUUACGGAGGAAUUCAAGGCCGGCUCUCGGGUCCUUGAAAGUAUAUACAGCUUGUAUGAAGGCUUCUCCGGGACGGUGUGCUUUCUGAUCGAUCUGCUGCAGCCCAAUCAGGCCGAGUUCCCUCUCUUCAGCGUCUUUGUCUAGAAGGCUCCAUCUCCCACUGUGGCCCUGCAGAAGGUCACUGAGAUUUCCCGAGCCUACCCGAGGCAGUUUCCACAUAAGCCACAUUCAAUGGUUAUCACAACCAUGAGCCUUAACAUUGCCGCCAGAAGGAGGGAUGGGCGGGCGAAGG